CCGUGGUAACGUUACCAGUGGCAACGUUACCCCGUGAGUGUCACCAUUCACCAGCCCACUACAGUGUAACCCAGGCACGUGUGUGGAACCAGCUUAAGCUGCGUGUGCCCGUCACUGCGUUAGCCUCUACCGUCAGCUGAGGGGAGAGCGGAAGAUGGCGUCGCGGGGAAAGAGCGAGACGGACAAGCUGAGACGGAACCUGGAGGAGCAGCUGGAUCGCUUGGUGCAGCAGCUGCACGACCUGGAGCGGUGCCGGGAGGACCUGGAGGCCGAGGAGUACGAGGAGACCAAGGCGGAGACGCUCGAACAGCUCUCAGAAUUCAACACCGCGCUGCAAAAGAUCGUCGCCGGCGACAUGACCCUGGUGGACGACCUGGGCGCCAUGCAGCUGGCUAUCCAGGCCGCAAUAAGUCAAGCUUUCCAAACCCCAGAAGUGAUCCGGAUGUUUGCGCGGAAGCAGCCAGGCCAGCUCCGCACACACAUGGCCCAGUUGGAGAGAGACGUGCUCGUGGGUAAGCUCCCAAGAGAUGUCUACUCGUUACAGAAGGCUGAAACUCUCAUGGCACUCCGCAAACUCGGCGACACGCUGAGCGCCGAGGAGGAGGCGUUCCUGUCGGCCAACGCCUCGGCGGCCCUCAGCCAACUCGAGCGCGUGACCGACGACCUCGGGUCAGCUGAUAAGGUGUUGGCACUUGCGAGCUCCGAGGUGGUGAAAGUUAAAAAGUAAAGUUAAACUCUGGUGGCUUCAAGUGCAGCUUCGCCGACUCCAACUUGGCGCAAAGCACGAGUUCUACACACGCGCACACUUACACGCAUUCACACACUGCCACACACGCUCAGCAUUACGCACAUUCUACACACGCGCAGUGCUUUGCGAGCCACGCGUGCGAGCGUUCUACACAUGCUCAGCGCUUGCACACUUGGCAACGUGAUAUGGCGGUGCUUAUACGCACGGCACGAUCCACGUGCACAUUAAACUUGCACAGACGCAUGGAGAAGCACGGCAGUUCCACGUGCUGCCCUGUGGACGCAGCUACCCUCUGCUGAAACGCUCACCGCUCACGUUGUUCCUGCCCCUAUACGAACUAUCAAACUACUCGGCUGCGUUUUGCCGUCUGUAUAAUUCACGGUACUGCUGCUCCCACUAUUCAAUGUCUCCACACUAAAAACUCUGAUUUAUGCGGAGUCAUAAAUAGAUUGUAAUUAAAAGUUGUUUAGAUGGUUUUCAAUAAACUUAAACGUUGGUAUAAAUGGGUUUCAUCGGGUGUCAGCUGUUGUACAAUCCGUAGUUUUUCUGUCUCAAUGAAUUCAGACAAUUCUUCUUGUGUGCGACUGUGGAUAUUAACUCCAAAACCAGGGGCCGUGUAACUUCGCACUGCCCCAAACAUAUACACGUGACGGUGGUGGGUGGGUGGAUCUGCCGUUCGCCAGCUCUCGGACAAAGCAACACGAUGGCUGAAUCGUAAUUAAAAUGUGUUAUAGUUGCUCUCUGUCGGCCAUACACAGUAGGAAGUGAAGCCCUGUGGGCUCGAGCAGAAAGGACUUCUCCCCACAGCCAACAUACCGAUCACUCUCACUCCGCUGCUCUUAACUUUUUUAACGAGUGUCCUAUUGUGACGGUGCAAAACGUUGGAGCAACAUGGACAUAUUCAUUCUCUAGUAAUUUUGGCAAAGCAUAAAGCGUACAAAACACGUUGAUCACGUUUUCACUUAAGAGCUCUUCAUAACGCACGUGGCCCUGAAGUCACACUGGCCCGACGUGCCUCGAGUGUUAACUGUCGAGGUUCCGGUGACUUGGACGUCCAACGGAACGCCACUGAUAUUCCAGCUCAUUCAUCCCGCAGGUUAAAAGACUUCUCCACAAAUCUGUCUAUCGCCUGAUGAAGCUAGUUGUAAUUACUGGCGAAACGUCGUACUCAGAUUGUAAAUGUUGCGGCUUGGCUCUCCAACACACCAGUGUGCUGUACUAGUGACGAAUUGGCAUGUUCUGUUUACGUGACAACCCUUACUAGUUGGCUGUGUCGGGUGGUGGUGGGUUUUAACGACACAUUUAUAUAUUUACA